UGCUGGUCCCCAGCAUGGCGGCCGCCUGGCCCUCCAGGCCGGCUGCGCAGGAGACGGUGGCCGCCCAGCUCAUGGGUGUCCUGUGGUUCGUGUCAGUCACCACGGGACCUUGGGGAGCUGCUGCCAUCGCCGCCGCUGGCGGGGAGGAGACGCUUAAGUGCGAGGACCUCAAAUUGGGACAAUAUAUUUGUAAAGAUCCAAAAAUAAAUGAUGCUACACAAGAACCAGUUAACUGUACAAAUUACACGGCUCAUGUUCCUUGUUUUCCAGCACCCAACAUAACUUGUAAGGAUUUCAGUGGCAAUGAAACACAUUUUACUGGGAAUGAAGUUGGUUUUCUCAAGCCUAUAUCUUGCCGAAAUGUAAAUGGCUAUUCAUACAAAGUGGCAGUUGCACUAUCUCUUUUUCUUGGAUGGUUGGGAGCCGAUCGGUUUUACCUUGGAUACCCUGCCUUGGGUUUGUUAAAGUUUUGCACUGUCGGAUUUUGUGGAAUUGGGAGCCUAAUUGAUUUCAUUCUUAUUUCAAUGCAGAUUGUUGGACCUUCAGAUGGAAGUAGUUACAUUAUAGAUUAUUAUGGAACCAGACUUACAAGACUGAGUAUUACGAACGAGACGUUUAGAAAAACACAGCUAUAUCCAUAAGUAUUUUUUAAAAGAAACAGAUUUGGGCUUCCUUGAUUUUAAGGAGCGCACUCAGUAUGUGGGUUUCCAGAUUUUCCUUUCUCUUCACACAUCACUUUAUGGAUUCUAUAUAACUUUGUAUUAUUGGUGAUAUUUUGUUUUGUUGUUUUACUUAAAAGCAUAUUAUUCUGAGAUUUAUUUAAUUGGACUUUCUUUGAGAACUGUAUGAUAAUAGAGUCUUUCUCUGGCUACUGUCUCUAUGAGAUAAAUAGCUUAUUACCCCGAUAUUCCUUAAAGUCUUUCCUAAUGGCAGGUUGCCACUUGUCAUUUUUGCUUCUGAAAAAUAAAAAUAUGGCCUAUUCACAUUUUUUAGCUCUUUAUUGUCAAGAAAACCUUAAAUGUUGAAUGUAGCUGUCUUCUAAAUUUUGAUCCUUCAAAACAGCUAAUCCGUAGUGUGAACAAAUCCCAUUACUAUAUUGCCUGGGGCUGCGGUCAUGUAUGAGAACCCACCUGUUUUUCUGCGGCUUUCAGAUCUGUCUCUGCCUCCGUAUCCAGGGAGCGAAAGAUCACUGGGGAGUCUGAAACCUUGAGGCAACGCGGAUACUUCUGGCACUGAUUCAGGCCUCUGAAGUGUGAACUUUUUCCUUUUUGCUUUGGGAGUGAUGCACUAGCUUUUGGAAGACCAGCUGCUGACUCGUCUAGCUCAGUGCAGUUAUAUUUGAAGCUGGAUAGACAAGGUGGGAACACCAAACAGAUGAUUAAUGUCUUCCAUCUGUUAACACUGCCAGGCAGAUGCCGGCACAAGUGCCGGACGUGGUGCACCAGUGUCUGAAGGGAAGGAAGCGGCACCUGAACGCUGGCACGGCCUCUUCUUACCGUGCUUACAAGGGUUUUGGGAAGAUGGAAAUACACGAAAUUUUAUGUGCUUAUAAUACCGCCGAGGUUUUUUUAGUAACAGGCAUAACGGCUUCACAAUUACUUGAGUCCGGGCUCCCCAAGAGUAACACCAUAAUUUUUUUUAUCACUCAUAUUACUCAAAAGCAUACAGUCUAGUACAGUUGGCUUCCUAACAUGUUAGUCACUCAGCAACAGUUUCUGCAGUUGGCGGGUGAUUAUUAAGUAUUGAUAUGUGAAGUGAAUUUGGAUCGACUCCUCAUAUACACAAGGAAUGGGCCCUUUGAUUCCUUCAUUGAAAUACUGAGUGUCUACUACAUGGGAGGUACUGUUCUAGAUGCUAGGAUGCAGCAGUGAACAAAAACAUGAGCAAACAUCCCCUCCCUUAAGGAGUUUACGCUCCCCUGGGAUCUGUUUUCACAAGCGAUAGUAUUUUGGGCUGCAGUUAAGCUAGCUGGUAGAUGCCCAGUUUCUAGUAUUUCCUAGUCCCUUUUGUUUGCAGACAGUGCUUUGAAGUUUAACCUCAGGAUCACCUAAGUCCAGAUUUGAAGUCUACGUUUCUCUAGCCGUGUACGGUAUGAGAAAUCCCUGCAAUCGAAGCUUGAAAAAGUCCUUUUGAUUCUUGCAUAAUUGUUCCAGUUAUUAACUUGGCCAGGGGGAAAGUCUGUUUCAAAGCAGGUGGUUCUCAAAGUGUUUAUUCAAAUAAGCUAUACUCCAAAAGGGUUGUAGGUAAAAUCUAGAAAUAAAGUCUCUUCACAGUGCAUUCUUAAGCCUGUAGACUUUAUUUUCUUUAUAAUUUCCUAAAUUUAUAUGACAAGAACACCUCAGCUUUUCCACUUUGCUUAAUUCCCUGUUGCCUAAAAUAUGUACUUCUGUAACAAAUGGUUUUUCUGUGUCUUAUUAUUUAUUUUUUGUGUGAAUACAUUUAAUACAUGUAAUUUCAGGUUUUGUUUUAUUUUGCUUUCAUGGAGCACAUUUUAUUAUGGCUAUUUGUUAGUAGUAUCUCUGAGUACAAAUUGUAUGUUAAGGCCUCUGUAGGAGAUGUUUUAUAUAACCCUACUUUUAGAGCAGUGGCCAAAAUUGUGAGAGAUGAAUUAACUCAAUCAUUCCUUGGGUUACUCCUAAACCCUCUAGGAUGGAAUGGAAUGGAUUCUUUCAAUGCUACAUAAACAGUUAGUAUUUCUAUAGAAAUAUUUACAAAUGGUACUGCUUUAGCCUGAAAGAAUUAAUACAGUUUCCAGAAGUACCUCUUUACCCAGGAGGGUUUCUUACCUACAGUAUAUUAGAAUAAAAGAUCUUUUUAAGACUUCAAAGAUUGUGCUAUGUGUAUGGCUAGCAUCUGUUCAUGGGAUUUCUAGGACUAUAAGAAAUACCGGUUUGUGGGUGUGUUUUGUUUUUGUUUUGCUUUACAAAAAAAUGCAUGUCUUUUCUCCUUAUUUUAACCUAGAUGCUUAAGGCUAAGUUAAGUAUAUAAUACUGAUAAGCAACUAGGAAACUACAACAGAUCUAAUAGCAAGGACUAGCAAGAAGAAAAAUUAGUUCUUAAAAAGUACAAGUCUAAGGUGUUGGUUCCUCUUCCUGAUUCAAACAUCUUAACUGUAGAUGUUCCUCAGGGUUCUGACACCUUCUCCUUUUCUCCCAUUAUCUCAGCAUCUAUUUUGCUUUUUUCUAUUUACAAAAUUAAUACAACCCUAAUGCAGAAAUUCUGGGAAACACCAAAAAGUGGAAAGAAGAAAGCUCAUUCCAUAGCUCAAAGACAACAAUGUUAGUGUUUUUAUGUAUGUCCUAGUAGUUUUUCCAUGCACGUAUGUACAUUUUCUUCACAAAAAUGAUAUAGUACCCAUACUGUUUUGUAGCCUGCUGCUUCACAUUGUAAAGAUUUUUCUAUUUCAAUAAAUAUUCUUUUACAACACCA